AUGAUCUCACGACGCGACAAAUUGCUGCAGCAGCCGUGGGAGCAGCUGCGGUACGCCCAGCACCGCGAGAAGGUCAUGUCCGCCCGCCCAGCCAUCGACACCCACACGCCCCGUGCCCACGAGCACGUGCAGCGCAAGUGGAAGAAGCAGCAGGUCGAGCGGGAGCGCCAGCAGCAGAUCGAGCGGGAGAACCUGCGGCUCCUCCAGAAGCUGGGCGACAUCAUGCGCACCAAGCGCAUCAACAACCUCUGGCUGGAGCCGAGGCCCAAUUUCCUCAAUCGGGAGAAGCUCUUUCCCACCCGCCCGUACUCCAGUCUCCCGGAGAUCGUCACCAUUUACGGGAAACAACCGCCGGGCCCGCUCAUCUACGGCAUGCUGCCCAAGCCGACGGUCGUGGGUCGGUGUCCCACCUGCAGCGGCAAUCCGGAGCGCACCGAGGUGGCCAUUCCCGAGCAGCGCACUCCUUGGGCGCCGGAGCGGAAGUCCUGGAACCGGAAGCACCAGGAGCAGGAUAAGAAGCCGCGCUGCUACCACUGCGGAUUCGUAAAGACCACCGAACGCAAGUUCUUCGAGGAGUUCUCCUACUCCUACUCCUACGACGAAUGAUGGAGCUCGCGGAUUUAUAGUCAAAUAAAAGGAAAUUCAAGUUUA